AUGCCGGGGAGUCUGCUCAACAUUUGCUUCGGACUGGUGCUUGGAAUACACUCAACAGACAACAGAGAAGCAGCGAUCAUGGCCGAUGCAGCGGGUGUCCUCAGUGCCGGCGUCCUGCGCGAGGUCACCGAAGGCCAAACACACGAAAACCCCAUCGUCCAGUGUGUUCAAAUUAAGCCCAUGUCCGCCAACCAGGCCACCGGUCAAGAGCGGUGGCGAGUUGUUUUCAACGACAGCAUCAACUUCAUUCAGGGCAUGCUGGCAACUCAGUCAAACAACCUCAUCAAUGACGGCACGCUCAAACGAGGCAGCAUCUGCCGCCUAACACAAUUCACCGCCAACUUCGUCAAGGACAAACACAUUCUCAUCGUCGUCGAUCUCGAGGUGUUGAAAGAGUACGGCGAGCCAGAGAAGAUCGGACAACCAGUUGCCAUUACAUAUGACGGAGCAAAACCCGAGCAGCAAGAGGAUGUCAAGCCGCAGCCGGGCAAUAUUGCAGGAAACGGAUUCUAUGGAAACAAGCCGCAACAGCAGUCAAACUCGGAGCUCAGCGCUCGUCCCAAAGCCACCGUCUCGCACAACGGGCGCGGCAACAUCACACCCAUUGAGGCAGUCUCUCCUUACACACACAAGUGGACAAUCAAGGCGCGAUGCACACACAAAGGCGACAUCAAGACAUGGCACAACAAGAAUGGCGAGGGCAAGCUCUUCAGUGUGAACUUCCUCGAUGACUCUGGCGAAAUCCGUGCGACUGGCUUCAACGACUCGGUCGAUCAGUGGUAUGAGUUCUUGACAGAGGGCAACGUCUACUACAUCUCCAGUCCGUGCAAGGUCCAGCUCGCGAAGAAGCAAUUCUCCAAUGUUAACAACGACUACGAACUCACAUUCGAGCGGGACACAACAGUCGAAAAGGCGGAAGACCACGACGGUGUGCCGCAAGUACGCUACAACUUCACGGACAUCGCUGCGCUACAAAAUGUCGACAAGGACACCACAAUCGACUGCAUCGGGGUCCUGCAAGAGGUGGGCGAGGUGAAUGAGAUAGUAUCGAAGAGCACCAACAAGCCAUACAGCAAGCGUGAGCUGACACUGGUGGACAACUCCGGCUACAACGUCCGUUUGACGGUCUGGGGCAAAACGGCGGAGUCUUUCGAUGCUCGGCCAGAGUCAGUCGUUGCUUUCAAGGGAGUGAAGGUCUCGGACUUUGGUGGACGCUCUCUCUCCCUCCUCUCCAGCGGCAGCAUGAACAUCGAUCCCGAUAUCGACGAAGCGUACAAGCUCAAGGGAUGGUAUGACGGAGAGGGCCGCAAUGGCAACUUCGCCUCCCACGCCAAUAGUAUGGCGGCGGCCGGUGCUACCAGCGGCGGACGACCAUCUGACUUCAAGACCAUUGCGCAAGUCUACGACGACAAGGAUGGACAAUCAGAAACCACCGACUGGUUCAGCAUCAAAGCUACAAUCGUCUACGUCAAGCAAGACAGCUUUGCAUACCCUGCUUGCCGCACUACCGAUCCAAAGCCUUGCAACAAGAAAGUGACAGAGCACGAUGAGGGUCAGUGGCGAUGUGAACAGUGUCAAAUGACCUGGGACCGGCCAAACUACCGCUACAUCAUGAGUGUCAAUGUCAGUGAUCACACAGGUCAAAUCUGGCUAAGCUGCUUCGACGAGGUUGGCGUUCAGGUGAUGGGCAUGUCGGCGAACGACUUGAUGGCAUUGAAGGAGGAGGGAGACGACAAGAGAGUGGGUGAGGCCUUCAGCGAUGCGAAUUGCAAGAGCUUCAUCUUCAAGUGCAAGGCGAAGAUGGACACAUUCCAGGAUCAGCAGAGGGUGCGGUAUCAAGUGCAGUACGUCAACCCCAUCGACUACGCUCGUGAAGCGAAGAAGUUGGCGGACAUCAUCAAGCAAUACUCGAUCCAGGAUAACAGCAUGUUUGUGAAUUAA